UAUCUGUCAUCCAUUUCUUUUUCGUACACGCUUGUUGCGUUGCACGUGUAUUUAGAGUUUUGCUCGAUAUCUAAUAAAAAAUGGAUAAGCCCAACGUUCUCGCCCGUGUGAUAAAGGUCCUGGGCCGUACCGGCUCCCAGGGACAAUGUACCCAAGUCAAAGUUGAGUUCAUAGGAGAGACGAGUCGCCAAAUCAUUAGGAACGUGAAGGGACCGAUUCGUGAAGGCGAUAUUCUUACACUCCUGGAGUCUGAGCGCGAAGCUAGAAGACUAAGAUAAACGGGUUGGGCGAAUCUACAUUAGGUUAAGUUGCUUUAUAAUGUAUCGUCUAUUAUCUAAAGUUUAAUGUGAACAUCAAAACCGUCAAAGAUUACUUAUAACUAUGUAUCCAGCUAAUAAAUGACACAAAAAAAA